AUGAGAACAAUUCAGGCCCUCCUCACUUCUGUAAUGAUCUUCGUCCCUUAUUAUUUUCUUUGUGCCAUUACACUGACUACCAAACACACCUCAGCUCCUGAGCCGCCCAAGAGGGUAAAUUCCUAUGAAAGUACAGCGACUGAAUUAACGAUCUACGUGACGCCGAGCCAAGAAGCACUCGCCCACCGGGUCAUAGUAAAUGGUCAAAUUCCGAGUCAUCCUGACGUUUAUGUGACGGGCCCAGAUAAAGUUCGACUUUAUAUAGUCGAUCUUUUGGCCUGCGUCUCAUAUGAAUUACAAUUAUAUGCCGUCAGUUAUACGGGUUUAUCUAAUACUGCUGUAAACACCAGUGCCAAAAUGGCACCACCGAUGUUAUUUGGGGUUCAGGCAAGCCUAGAUACGUCCGCUUCAACAAGUAUUUCUGUCUCUUGGGCACCAGCGGACCCAAGGAUUGGAUGCCCUUGGAUCUACGCCAUAAUGGCCUAUAUUGAUACAAAUCUACCUCCUGCCUCUAUCGUCUACGUUGAUUCGGUCACGACAUGUAAGUUUUUAUUGGUUUCGAUCAACUGA